AUGGGAAGCCAGCUUUGGGCUGAGAGGUAUAGGCCUAGGAAAUACACAGAGCUGGUGUUCAAAGGAGAUGUCCAUCACGAUGCCCUAAAAUGGCUAAAGGACUAUCCAGAGCAUGGAAAGAUCCUCUUGCUGCGGGGACCCUCAGGGACUGGCAAGACUUCAUUGGCAUAUGUUCUUUCAUCUGCACUUGGAUUCGAUCUUGUUGAGUUCAAUGCAGACAACGAUCCUGACUGGAUGGAUAGGAUGCUUAACAGCAACAGGAUUAUUAAUGGAAGAAAAAAUAUAAUUCUUGUCGAUGAAAUAGACGGGAACCCAUUUCUAAAUGUGGAUAAGCUGAUAUCUUCUCCGAAGUUAGUUUGUCCUCUAGUGAUGACGUCUAACGAAAUGUGCCUGAAAGAUGUUUACACUGUGGAGAUUCAAAGACCAGGAUUUGAAGAAGUCAGAAGAGGGAUAGAAAAGAUUUGUAAGGAACAAGGAAUCAGUAUUGAGAACUCCAUUCUGUCGCAGAUGGCCUCAGAAUCGGGAGGAGAUCUUAGAACAAUAAUAAAUCAUCUUCAAAUACAUGGGAAAAGGCUAAAAAGCUCAGGCUAUCUAGGAAUUCACAAAACAAAUACAAUAAGCCAACACAAAGCGGCAGAGCUUAUUCUGUCAAGAAACAUAGGAUGGAAAGCGUAUGAAGAUAUAUAUUCCAGUAGUGUCCUGUCUCUAUGCCACAGUUCGUUCCCAUACAAUACAAAUAUGAUGAAAUGCAUUGCAGAUAUAAGUGAGGCCACGUCAAUUGCGGACCUCCUCCCUGAGGAAUUCAAGUAUAUAGCCCUGUCGAAGUACGGCACCUGUAAUAACAGAAAGCCCAACAUACAGGGAAUAGAGUAUUAUAAUGAGCCUAGAAGCGAUCUUCUAAAAGAGACGGUCCUUCCAUUUUUCAAAAAAUAUGAUCUGAAUAGGUCGGACAGAAGAAGUCUAAACCAUCUUAAGGAAAUAGUGAAGACAUAUGGCAUCAAAGAUGUGAAGCUGAAGGAAGAGAACUUAACAGAAGUGGGUGGAAGUAAGGCUUCUAAGAAAUUCAAAUUUAAAUACAAGUCCGGGUGUUCGGUGGCAUUUCGAAGGGACGUAACAAUGGACGAUAUCAUGGAUUGGUUUUUUAAGUCUUAG